CGGGUCAAAUUUAUUAUUUUCCCACUAAAUUUGUGAUUGUGAAAAUGAUGCGACUUUUUGCAAAAACGACUGCGGCGCAAUUGUCGUCACUUCGAACAUUGGAAAAUGUUCGUUUUGUAUCGCAAACGCCGCGCCUUCUGGAGAAAUCGGAUGCAUCGAAACCAACAACACCACCGGCUGAAUCGCAGUCGCCGACACCAACCGCUGAUGCACCACAACCAGCCGCUGAAGGAUCCCAGCCGUGGCAACAAAAGAAAUCCCUACACACAGUAAACAAUUUUGACAAGCGUGUUUUAGUCUCAUCUGGAAAAUACAAAACCAUCGAUGAAGUACCCGAAAGAGUGGCACAAGAAACACUUGAUCGAGCUCGUGAUCGGUUCCGUGUUAAAAUGUGCAUCUACAUGAUGAUUAUUUGCGUGCUUAUCUGUAUUGUUCAAAUCUUUCGCGGAAAAAAUGCCGCUGAACGUGGCGAGAGCGUGGUGAAUACUAAUCUAGAAUGGCAUCGUCAAUACAACGAAGGAGUCACCACCAAAAAGGAAAAUAAAUAAAGAAGAAUAGACUGUGUGAAUGAUUCAAAGCAAUCGAAUGUCGGUAAUGCUGAAUUCAAGCGUUGCAACAAACAAACGUUCAACGGGUAUUCAUGUAUUCAUUUAAAGUGGCUGUAUAUAAUACGAAAUAAAACACCAAACAAAUCCA